GCGCGGAGCCGAGCGCCGCCAGCCCGGCUCGCCCCGCACACGCUCGCACUCCGCGCCGCCCGCCCAUGGCUGAUAGGAGCCUCAUCGAGGGCGCCGAGCCCCUGCCGCGCCGGGAGGAGCCUCCCGAGUGGGGCUACGAGGAAGGAGUGGAGUGGGGACUGAUUUUCCCCGAUGCUAACGGGGAGUACCAGUCGCCUAUUAACUUGAACUCAAGAGAAGCUAAAUACGACCCCUCGCUCCUGGAAGUGCGUUUGUCGCCGAACUACGUGGUGUGUCGUGACUGCGAAGUGAUCAACGACGGGCAUUCCAUUCAGAUUGCCCUGAAGUCAAAAUCAGUGUUAAUAGGGGGGCCAUUACCUCGGGGACACGAGUUUGAACUGCACGAUGUUCGGUUUCACUGGGGGAGAGAAAACCAGCGUGGUUCUGAGCACACAGUUAAUUUUAAGGCCUUUCCCAUGGAGCUUCAUCUAAUGCACUGGAACUCCACACUGUACAGCAGCAUUGAUGAGGCAGUAGGGAAGAAGCACGGCAUAGCUAUUAUUGCUUUGUUUGUGCAGAUAGGAAAAGAGCAUGUGGGCCUGAAGGCUGUAACUGAAAUUCUUCAGGACAUCCAGUACAAGGGAAAGUCCAAAACAAUACCCUGUUUUAAUCCCAACUCUUUAUUGCCAGAUCCUCUUCUGCGUGACUACUGGGUGUAUGAGGGCUCUCUGACCAUUCCACCCUGCAGUGAAGGUGUCACCUGGAUAUUAUUUCGCUAUCCUUUGACUGUGUCCCAAGUGCAGAUAGAGGAAUUUCGAAGACUGAGGACUCAUGUUAAAGGUGCUGAACUUUUAGAGGGCUCUGAUGGAAUCCUAGGAGAUAACUUCAGACCAACUCAGCCACUUAGUGAUAGAGUCAUCAGGGCUGCAUUUCAGUAGCAGAGCAGGAAGAACAAUGAUGAAUCUUCAGUCAGAGAGGGGGAAGACAAUGCUCCCACAGUGCCCGCAGAUGAGAAAUGGAAACUUUUGAGACUGCUGCUUCAGUUGAACCACAAAGCCUGUAUUGUUUGUCUUCAUCUAAUUCAGCCUUGAUAGACAGCUGUGACAGUUGGUCUGUCCACAUGGUCCAGGGAAAUUCUGGGAAUGGGCUGUACAUUAAAAGAAGAAAACAUAUUAAAUCUUCCAAUUCACACUGUUAACUAUUUUCAAAUUGUCAUUAUCGUUGCUUUUAUAGCUACUUUGGCAUAGCAUUCAAUAGUCAUCUGUGAUCCAAAUAGUACUGAUUUUAAACUUGGUAUGAAUGCUAAUAUGUAGAAAUACCUAUUAUUGUUUUGAAUGUUAGAUUUGCUUUUAUUCCAUAUCAUCUCUUCUGCUGUCAGUAGCCAUAUUUUCUGUAGAAGGGAGAUGCAUUCUACAAAGGUAAUGAAAGCACUGUUUGUUCACAAGGAGCAUUAUACAAAUUCAGAAUUAAUUUUUUGGCAGAAAGGAGAACUUCUCUGCUAGACAUAUGCACUUGACAUGAUUUAUCUGAAUAAAGCUGAAUGACAUUUGCAUUACUAGGAACCUUACUGAGAAGAAGGACAGUUUGGAACUGAGUAAAAUUAACCAACAUAACAAUAAACAGAAUUGUCUGGAUUAUUUUCUACUUGGUGAGCCGUGGAAUUUUGUGAUAUGGUGUUGAGUAGAGGCAGAAAAUUUUCAGUCUUUGUUCUCCUGUGAAUUAUGACAGUUCUAUUUGUUUUGUACACUGCUGAGGAUGGCGGUCUGGGCACUUACUCUGCAUGUCCUGAGCUGGACUCUCAGCAUGGGGAUUGCCAUGCUGGGCCACACAUGACUUAUCUGACAGAGAAGAUAAGGCAAGGGUAGUCUGAACCAGCCAGUCAACCUUACAGCUUCUAAUUCCUGAAACACCAACACCAGGAUCGGAAGGACAGAGUCACUAAUUUGGGAGGCAAUAACUCUGAUCACUGUAGCUAUUAGUGAGGUCCCCCGUCUUAGCAUGAGGGACAUUGCAGAUAUCUGUGUCAGUGGAAGAACCCCAGAGGCACAGAUGGCAACUUCCAGUCUGGGGCACAGUGAAGGUGCAAACUGAGGGCUGACAGAGGGGAGGCCACUCCCUUGGAGCAGAUCAAUCACCACUCACGAAGUCAUUCCCAGGCAAUGGUAAAUGCAGAGUCAGAAGGCGCCCUUAAUCCCCCUUGUCAAGGGUUAUGGGGAGAGCUACUGCUGAAUUACGAGCUCUCUGAGUAAUUUAUGUGUAUUAGGGCCAGCAGAAACAACAAGGCAAACCAACACAGUUCAUGUGAGCUGGGUGAAGGGGGACCAGAUAUUGCUGACCGCUUGAAGUGUUUGUAACUGGGUGUUCUGCGGAAGCACAUGCUUCCUUUGGAGAUAAGUCUUGGUGCAUUGCAAUUAAUACACAGAAAAUGUAAAGCAAGCAGCCCACCAUGAGGUUAUUUGUUCAUCUGGGCUUAGCAGAGUAACAAUCAGCAUGUUGUUCUUUGGGCUUAGAGAAACUUACAUUUCUUAGGGUUAUCCCCAUCUCUUGCCCACAUUUAAUGAAGUGUAACCCCAUUGUCUAUACAAUGGGUUCAAGAUUUCAGUGCUGGCCAAAACCACUCUUUCCACCUGCAGUGUCUGCAACGUGUGUGUGUAGCAGCUUCACUGGCUGCUGCCCCUCUUCCUUCUGCAGUUACUCCCAAGCAUCUGCAGCCAGAGCCCAACCCCAACACCUGAUUACCAGACCCUGGCUUCCCACUGAUCUGCAUCAUACCAAAGGGCAGGAGAAGUCUCUGCUGCAAUGGCCUGGCUGGACUGUCUGUAGUUUUUGACAGGAGCCUGAUAAUUUGUCUUAGUUGUCAAGUUUGGUACUAAAAUCUUGGGAAAACAAAAUCUGUGAGGUGGAAGUCAGCUGUUUUCUGCCAAGUGAAGGUCUGUUCUUGUCUCCUUGCACCCAGCGAGAAAUGAACCCUCCAAAAGUGGAGUGACCCAUGUUGCUGACCUGACAGUUCUCAGGUUGUAUACACAGCUCAUUCAGGUCUUCUCCCUUUGCAUACAACAUACUAUUAACUACUGAGUGUUAACUGACAGGAACUGUAGUAGUCAUAUGGCAAAUAUUGACAUUAUGAUGAAAUCUGAACUAGAUUUAUUCUCUAAAUAAACAUGUUCCUUAUCUUGGAGCUGUCUGAUAUUCUUGUGGCUGUGAAAUACAGAUACGUUGCAAAGCAAAUGAUGUCAUGUCUCCACCAAAUAGUCCAUUAUUUCCUUUUCCUGUGCUCCCUUCCUGUGUUUGCUGUUCUUUCAAGCAUUGCCUUGUGCAGAGAAAUUCUAGUAAUAUAAAUACUACUGCUGAGGAAUUGAAGUUAGUAAAUUUGUCUCAACACUUGUCAGACUUUUUUUUCCUAGGCUUGGCUUUGAAAGAAAAAUAAAACCCACUAGUAAAAAUA